AUGGAUAUCCUCAUGGAAGAGGUUUUCAGUGUGACCGGCAACACCAGCCAUGAAACAGGACUAGAGAAACUAAAUGGCACCCAAAGCCAAGGACUCAACCACAGUGACCCCCUGGACAUGUUUAUAGGCAUGGAGCUUCUUCUACGCUUCAAACCUCUCUUCCUGCCUCUCUACUGCCUCAUAGUGGCCGUGGCUGGUGUUGGAAACUCUUUCCUGUUGGCUUGCAUCUUGGCUGACAAGAAACUCCAUAACGCCACCAACUUUUUCAUUGGUAACUUAGCAGCUGGAGACCUGCUGAUGUGUUUGAGUUGUGUCCCACUGACUGUGUCUUAUGCCUUUGACAGCCAUGGCUGGGCUUUUGGGAGACCACUCUGCCACCUGGUCCCCUUGCUGCAGUGUGCCACAGUGUUUGCAUCAGUGCUUUCACUCACUGCCAUUGCUGUGGACCGCUACAUUGUUGUAGCUCACCCAGUACGGAGGAGGAUCUCUGCUUGGGGUUGUGGUGCAGUGGCUCUGGGUGUGUGGCUUUUAUCUCUGGCCCUGGCCGCACCUCCGUCUCUCUACACGCGCUAUCUGGACCUGCGACCCAGUGGCAUCAACCUGGUAGUGUGUGAGGAAUUCUGGCCAAAUAGUGGCAAUCUGCGGCUGCUGUACUCCUUCUUCAUUCUCAUAGCCUCCUAUAUGAUCCCGCUGCUGUCAGUCAGCAUAUCCUACUGUGCCAUCACUGUCAGCCUAAGACGCUAUUCAGUACCUGGAGAGCCAUACAAUAGCCAACAGCGCUGGAGCCAAAGGAGGAAGAGGACUUUCUCUCUGCUGGUGGCCUCAGUGCUGUCCUUCGCUCUGUGUUGGAUGCCCCUGCAGGUGCUGAAUCUGUUGCUGGACCUGGAUCCAGACUUCCAGAUCAUGGGGAAGCGCUACAUAAAUGUCUUACAAGUCUGCUGUCAUUUAGUGGCUAUGAGCUCUGCGUGUUACAACCCCUUCAUCUACGCCUCACUGCACAGCAAGGUGCGCAUGCACUUAAAAGGCUACCUCUGUCCUUGUCGCAAUCGUCAGAGUGUGAUGGUGGAGAGAGCAACGUCCAGGAGCUGA